ACUACUCUUAAAAACUCGAGCAUGCGGUAUCAAGGACCAAGUGGGUUGUCUAGCAAUCACAUGCAUGGUAGAAAGCCAACUUGGUCCUGCGAUGUGCACCAUAAACAUAUUUGCACUGAGAUUUCCUCAGUUUCGUGUGAUUCGUACUUGGGUUUAGCCUUCUUAUACCGCAGGAGACGGCCGUUAUUUGCCGCAUAGAUCCAGGACAGUCGAGAACUAAAUGUUCACAUCUAGACCAUCCCAAAAUCAUUGGAAUGACUAGCUUAGUUGAAUGCCACAUCCUUCUCUCUCUCUCGGCAAGCUCAAGACUGGUAAAACGCAGCAACGCCAUCGCAAGACCCGCGGUGCAAGCACUGAAGUUUCGCCCAUCAAACUCAGUCACAUUUUCAAGUCCAUUAGGCACCACCGUUUGAAGGGAAAGGUCGCGGUUGAGCAGCAGACUACUUCAGUCCCAUCGCCCCAUCCUGAAUCUGAUAUGAGCUUGUCACCUCCUUCCAGACAUCCGCCUUACGAAUGGAACACCAGCUAUUCGCGUCUUCUGUCAGGAAUCAAUAAUACGCGCAUCUUCUCACAAUCUACUAGCCGGUCUACCACCGCUGAACAGAGCAUAGCUCCAUCGGAGGAGUCGUCCCGUUCAUUGUUUGGUAUGCGCCCUUCGAAGACCACUUCAGCUCCUCUUCCGAAAGCCCCUGUAGACACCGUCACAGACAGGUCUGGUGCAUCCUCUGCCUUGAUAUCAUCUCCGUCCAUGUUUAACCUACGUUCUCAUUCGGCGGGCGAUUACAUCGUGCGACAGCUUAGCGCAACCCUAGAGAAGCUUUCGCUGGGCGAGAGUCACUAUGCUAAGCUUCAGGAGAACAUCUCUCCAAUCAAAUCCCUGAAUACCUCUUCUGACAUGAUCGUCUCUCCUGCUCCCCAUUGGUCUGCCAAGUUCAAAGACUCGCCUGCGUCUGGAUACCUUGCAAACUUAAAACAACAGCUGCAGGAGAAGCGAUGGCUGUGCAAGUUUGCUCGCUCCACAUCAGCAAAAGCGCACGUCGCCGUCGCACCCACCAUAUUCAUCACGUCUGUUGAUGGGAAGCAUCCCAAACCACUAUGUUCCCCGGUUGGACUUUUUGGACAAGCCAGCCACAUCAAAGAUUUGCUCGGAGAUUCUGCGCCUCAGCCGCUGCCGCUAGCCAAUUCCCCGUGUCCUGAUGACCCGUUCAACGCGGACCCGUGCGCCUACAACCAUCCCUCUCAAUAUGAUCUGCCAUUGCUACCUUCAACGCCGACAAGAGAAGUCACUGACCCCGCCUGGUAUCUACCUGGAACGCCCUCUCGUGCAUAUCCUGAACUGUUCCCAUCUGGUGGGGAGGAACUCGCGACAGCCCUGAGUGCCACCAUCACCAAUCCAUUUGAUCUUCCGCCUUUCUCUGUACCGUUUAUGAAACAAGGCCUUCUCGACGCUUCGCUUUAUAGUAAUCGAGGCGAUUUGCGAUGCUGAGAUUUUUUUGUGGAUGUGGUGUUGUAGUCUAGUAGGUUCUGAAGUCGCUGAGUUGGUAUAUUCAAGUCCUGAGGCCUGAGUCCUUAAGUUGUCUACAGAUUCCUUGCCAUGUCACUUCCUUCUGGAUUCUUGCAUAUG